AUGCGUCAGAAGAGGGCGAAGGCUUAUAAAAAGCAGAUGACUGUGUAUAAUCACACAUUCAAGUUUCGGCAGCCAUAUCAAGUGAUUGUCGAUGACCUUAUUGUAUUAGAAUCGAGUAAAAGCUCAUUUGAUCUAGCUAAGGGGUUGAAGCGAACUCUGCAAGCUGAAGUGAAACCAAUGAUUACUCAGUGCUGUAUGCAAAAGCUUUAUGAAGCGAAGAAUCAAGAAGCCAUUUCGCAAGCGAAGAACUACGAGAGACGUCGUUGUAACCAUUUCAAAGAAACAAAAGAACCUAUUGAAUGUAUCAGAAGCAUUGUAGAUAUAAAAGGAACGAACCAGCAUAGAUAUGUUGUUGCCACACAAGAUAUUAAUAUUAGAAGAAAACUAAGAAGCAUACCAGGAGUACCCCUAGUGUACAUUAAUAGAGCAGUUAUGGUUAUGGAGCCUUUGAGUACUGCUAGUGCAAAGGCUAGUAACCAGAAAGAGCAAGAAAAGCUUGUUCAAGGAUUAAAUGAUCCAAACUACGCUUCGGUAGUAAAAGAAAAUACCUCAGAGAACACUCCUGCGCCAGUGAAGAAGAGGGGCCCUAAACAGCCAAAUCCAUUGAGUGUAAAGAAAAGACGAUUAGUAAAAGAUGAAAAAAAACCAGAGGAUAAAGUGAAGCAUAAAAGAAAAAGGCAGCGCAGAAAACCCACUUCAGCGGCUUCAAACCCUUCAGAAGACCAACCUAUUGCAGAAAAUUAA